AUGAAGAGCCGCGCCAAGGGAAGUCGUGGAGCCAAGUCGAUGUCGGUCAAGUCGCGCAGGAGCUCCAAGCGCGCCAAGAGUGCCUUCGCCGGCAAGACCAUGCCCCCACCGCCUGCUGCUUCCUCUCCCAGCAGCUCUCCGCUUCCCAAGGCUGCUGCUGGGCAUCCUCCAUCGCUGCCCAAGAGCGGAGCAGGCGCAGGCGGCGCCAGUCCCAGCUCUGGCGGCGGCGGAGGAAGUCCCGCUCCCAAGAACUCCGUUUCCUCGGCUUCCUCUUCAAGUGGCCCUCCUGGCGGAAACAAUGGUGGCAGCCCAUCCCCGGGACAUGGCGCCAAGUCAACCGGUGGUGGUGGAGGAGCUCUGCCUUCGCCUGGAGCCAAGUCUUCAGGUGGUGCUCUGCCCUCUCCGGGAGCUAAAACAGCUGGCGCACUUCCCUCGCCAGCCUCCCAGCCACCUUCGCCCUCUACUCAAUCGCCCAUUGCGGGCAAGUAG